AGAGACCCUCCUCCAGAACUCUAUUAUCUAUUAUCAGAGCUUCUAUUGUGGACUGAAGGUGUGUAAAGUGACGUCCUGUGAUUGAGUCACUCUAACGAAAGACCCUGAGCAGAAACAGCUAUAAAAGCCUGAGUGAUGCAGACAGACAGACAGGUCAGUGCAGGAGACGCCCCCCCACCUUCACCUGCAGCAGAGUCAGGAGAUGAUGCUGAAAGCUCAGAGAUGCCAAACCUCCAUCAGUCUGGUGGUGCUGAUGGUGUUAGCGCUCACACACUGCCAGGAGAACGAGAGGCGGGCAGUAACAGAGCACCAGCUGAUGCAUGACCGCGGGCGCUCCAUCCAGAGUCUGAAGAGGCUAAUCUGGCUCUCCAGCGCCAUCGAGGGAUUACACACCGCCCACACCCGCACCCUGACCGCCACCGCCGACCAGCAGCAGCCUGCGGACAGCAGCAUCCACAGGGGGGCGCUAGAGCUGCUGCUGAGCGACAUGUACAGGCCGUACCUCGCUGCCAAUACGGGGGACGGAGACAAAUAACAUCGACUCUUUCUUCUCUUUUCUCUCCGAAUGUAUACAAAAAGAUACCCUAAACCCUUACAAACUGAUAAACCUCCCUGAUUGGCCUAAACAGGCUCCGCCCAUAAAUGUAUUCUGUACACAUUAGUGGGCGGGGCCUUACACCAUACAACACACUUCACACCUGACUGUGUGCUGCUAUUAAAUGUCACUAUUUUAUCAGUCAAGCUGAA